CGGCCAUUCGCGGAAAAAGAGGCAGAGCCUGUGCCAGCUACAGCCUCCUCCGAGCCACCGCGGGCGGGCGGGCGGGCGGGCAGGCGGGCGGGACCGGCCUCUCCUCCCGCCUCGUCCCCACCCCCCACCCACCUCGCUCUCCCAGUGUCUCCGUCUGACUGAGGGUUUGUCCUGUUAAUGCGGGAUGAGCGAUCAGAAGAAGGAGGAGGAGGAGGAGGCGGCGGCGGCGAUGGCUACAGAAGGAGGGAAAGCCUCCGAGGCAGAGAAUAACAAUAAAAAACCCAAAACCUCAGGCUCCCAGGACUCUCAGCCCUCUCCUCUGGCACUGCUGGCCGCUACUUGCAGCAAGAUAGGGACUCCUGGUGAAAACCAAGCCCCCGGACAGCAGCAGAUCAUCAUAGAUCCAAGCCAGGGACUGGUGCAACUGCAGAACCCGCCGCCGCAGCUCGAACUCGUCACCACGCAGCUCGCCGGCAACGCCUGGCAGCUGGUUGCCUCCACUCCCCCCGCCUCGAAGGAGAAUAACGUUUCUCAACCAGCCUCUAGCUCCUCUAGUUCUUCCAGCAGUAAUAACGGGAGUGCCUCUCCUACCAAAACGAAAUCAGGGAGCUCUGCCACCCCUGGGCAGUUCCAGGUCAUCCAAGUGCAGAAUCCAGGGGGCAGUGUCCAGUACCAGGUGAUCCCCCAGCUGCAGACGGUGGAAGGGCAGCAGAUUCAGAUCAAUCCGGCCAGUAGUUCAUCUCUACAGGACUUGCAGGGUCAAAUUCAGCUCAUUUCUGCAGGUAAUAACCAGGCGAUCCUCACGGCUGCCAAUAGGACAGCUUCCGGGAAUAUCCUUGCUCAGAACCUGGCCAAUCAGACCGUUCCGGUCCAGAUUCGACCUGGUGUGUCGAUACCACUGCAGUUACAGACCCUGCCCGGGACGCAGGCCCAAGUGGUAACGACCCUGCCCAUUAACAUCGGAGGAGUGACUUUAGCCUUGCCAGUGAUCAAUAACGUGACCGCCGGAGGAGGAGGGGCCCCCGGCCAGGUUGGCCAGCCAGCCACCACUACUGCUGAUAGCGGCACCUCGAAUGGGAAUCAGUUAGCCUCCACCCCCACCCCGACCACCACUACCACCACCACCUCGGCUUCUGCCAGUACCAUGCCAGAGUCUCCGUCCUCCUCCACCACCUGCACAACCACCGCUUCCACAUCCCUGACGAGCAGCGACACAUUAGUGAGCUCGGCCGACACGGGCCAGUAUGCAAGCACGUCAGCCAGCAGCUCCGAGCGCACCGUGGAGGAGUCUCAGCCAGCCGCUGCCGAGUCGGAAGCCCAGAGCUCCAGCCAGCUGCAGCCCAACGGGGUACAGAACGCGCAGGACCAGGCUGGUUCCCUGCAGCAGGUGCAGCUCGUCGGCCAGCCCAUCCUACAGCAGAUCCAGAUCCAGCAGCCCCAGCAGCAGCUCCUCCAGGCCAUCCCGCCACAGUCCUUCCAGCUGCAGUCGGGUCAGACGCUCCAGGCCAUCCAGCAGCAGCCGCUGCAGAAUGUGCAGCUGCAGGCAGUGAACCCCACUCAGGUGCUUAUCAGGGCUCCCACUCUGACCCCUUCAGGGCAGAUCAGUUGGCAAACUGUCCAGGUCCAGAAUCUUCAGAGUCUCUCAAAUCUGCAAGUGCAGAACGCCGGGUUAUCCCAGCAGCUAACCAUCACCCCAGUGUCUUCAAGCGGCGGCACGACGCUGGCCCAGAUAGCGCCCGUGGCAGUGGCCGGGGCCCCCAUCACACUGAACACUGCCCAGCUGGCAUCAGUGCCUAACCUUCAGACAGUGAGUGUGGCCAACCUGGGGGCUGCAGGCGUUCAAGUGCAGGGAGUUCCGGUCACGAUCACUAGCGUUGCAGGUCAGCAGCAAGGACAAGAUGGAGUAAAAGUCCAGCAAGCUACUAUAGCUCCUGUCACCGUAGCAGUGGGAGGAAUUGCUAAUGCAACGAUAGGUGCUGUUAGUCCUGACCAACUCACACAAGUGCAUUUGCAGCAAGGCCAGCCAGCUUCUGAUCAGGAGGUGCAGCCUGGCAAGAGGCUCCGAAGAGUUGCAUGUUCCUGUCCCAACUGCAGGGAAGGGGAAGGCAGAGGCAGUAAUGAACCAGGAAAAAAGAAGCAGCACAUCUGUCACAUUGAAGGGUGUGGUAAAGUUUAUGGCAAAACAUCUCAUCUGCGAGCGCAUCUCCGCUGGCAUACUGGAGAAAGACCUUUUGUGUGCAACUGGAUGUUUUGUGGUAAGAGAUUCACCAGGAGUGACGAGCUACAGAGACACAGGAGAACCCACACAGGUGAGAAGAGAUUCGAAUGCCCAGAGUGUUCCAAAAGGUUCAUGCGGAGUGAUCACCUCUCUAAGCAUGUGAAGACACACCAGAACAAGAAAGGCGGCGGGACGGCUCUGGCCAUUGUUACCUCGGGAGAACUGGACUCGUCUGUCACAGAGGUGCUGGGCUCCCCACGAAUUGUCACAGUCGCAGCCAUUUCCCAAGAUUCGAAUCCAGCAACUCCCAAUGUUUCAACCAACAUGGAAGAAUUCUGAAACGACAUUUCUAACAGAGACCUCUAGUGCCGCACUUAACGUUUACACACCUUUGAAUAGCUGGAAACGGGCUGGUCACGUGGAUUACAGAGUAGGAAAUCAUGUUUUCAUUCUUGGCUUCUUUAAGUAUUCCUAGGUUUUGGGCAACACAUGAAGUGUUGAAUUUUUUUUUCAAGUACACGAAGCAAACUAAUAUACCGGAAACAAAGAAGUAUUUCCUCCAUGCUCUAAGUUGUAGUUAUUUGGAAGUACAGCAUGUCACCUUUCCAUAGAUUCUUCCCCUGUCUUAACAUCAUGUGUUCACAGGUUUCAGAAGACCUCAGUUGUUUGGCAGGCUGGACCUUAAUUAGGCAUAUUUUCUUUGAAAAUACUUUCUUACAAAUGCAUUUCUUCUAUCCAUAGCACAGAAAACAGUUAACUGAUAACAAGGACAAUACUGUAUUUCCUUAGCUUGGUUUUUGGGGAAAAAAAUCAACUGAAAGUAGUUUUGGCCGUCUUUUCUAAAUCGUAGAAAUUCUUCAACAGUUGAACUAGGUAAGUCCCAAAACAGUCAUCUGAGAUGCGUCUCAGAUCUUUGUUACCACUACAUUGUAGUAGUGCGUAUGCAGACAAUCAGUGAAGUUCAAUUGUUUUCUCCAUUUGGAGACACAGGAGGAACCCCGAGCUGAAUCUUAGGUUAAAUUUUUAGGUUGAAACUUUAGGGAAAAUGCUAGGGGGGAAAAUGGUUAAAUAAAUUUCCUAAGAGCUUCAGAAAAGUGAAAUGAAGCAAUUUAAUGUGCAUUGUGUUAAAGCUAGGGUUGAUUAUAUUCCUAACCCUAGGCUGAACCACGAAAUUCAAUUUUAAAUGUUUAUAUUGGAAAUAUUUGCAUAGAGUGUAAAUCGUUCUGUAGUUUCAUAUUCUGUAAAUAGGAGUUAUGUUGACAACGCGCAGACAUCUUUAUGCUUUGACAUGGUAGCCAAAGAAUUAUCAACUUUUUUUUUAAGGCCAGCAGAAAAUUUAUCUUUUAACUAUACAUUUUUGUUUUCAUUUUGCUUUAUUAAAAAUUGGCCAAUUCCAUUUUACUUCUAGUACUGUUAGAAGGUUAAUUGAAAUUCAUAGCACAGUAACAUCUUUAUGUUAUACCAAUAACUGACUUUUCCCUAAAAAUCUAGACAGCCUAGCAAAUAUAUAAUAGAUAUAAUAUUAUGGAGCAAAACUUAUUUUUGAGAAUCAGAUUUUCAGUCAGAUAAUGACUGAAGAAAAAAAAAAUAUAUUUCAUUCUAUAUGAAAGGGUCUUAUAGUCAAGAGUCUUAUUAGGAAAGAUGGCCAAAAGAUUCCUUAUGGAAAAUAAGUGAAUUAUGCCAGUAGCUUAAACAUUUGUAAGAUUUAGCUUGUUUUUAAAAAGCAUUUCCACAGAAUCAUAAUUAGUGAAAUCAACCAUUUGGAAACUAAAGUUUUUACUCCCUGCUCAGUUGAACAGCACUGGUUUGAGAACUGUUUGAAUACAGGUGUAUGUUUUCUCGUGCAUUCUCUAUGAUUUCAGGAAAAGUACUACUCAUGCGAAUUCUCUUCCAAAAUUGUGGUGUUUUCUUGUAUUUUUGAUGAAGGAGAAAUACUGUAAUGAUCACUGUUUACACUAUGUACACUUCAGGCCAGCCCUUUGUAGCGUUAUAUAAAACUGAAGCCUUUUGUGCUUUCAGUUUGUAUAAAAAAGCUUUGAGAUUAAAGGAAAAAAAAAUUUUUACACUGUGGUUAUAAAUUUCAAGUUUCUUAAAGCUUUUGUAGACUUGUAACAAAGUCUUUAAAUUUUAAGUUGGAUUUUGUAAAUUGUUUUGUAUAUUUUAUUUAAUGUACUCCUAACAACUGAUGUAUCUGGCUUUAAAACAUCAGAAUCAGUUUGUUGUUUUGUUUGGUACAGAGGAGCGUUUGGUAGUGUUCAGUUUAAUUUUAUUAUAUAGGAGCUGAAACAUCAAAUAUAUAUUUUAUCUAUCAUUAUGCUACACAAUCAGUGCUAUAAAUUUUUUUAUGCAAAGAAACUUUCUUAAUGUUCCAAUCAUGUUUCUUUUGAGCGACACUGUUGUUACCGUUGCCACCAGGAAUGGGCACUCUGCAUCGCGACCCCAUGCGCCAGCUUCCCUGCAGUCCUGUGUGUGUUCACUCGAGAUGGAGGCUCAUUUUCUGAUCAACAAUGAGGCCUAGUAUAAAUUUCUCAAACUGAGUCUGGAUAGCUUUAUAGCAUAUCAAAUGUGUUCAUUUGUGUUAGCAGGUGCACAUUUCACCACCGAAAUUAGAAAUUUCUUGACAGUCUGUUCUGCAUACCAUUCUGAGUCCACUUUCCUGUCUUAGAAGAACCGUAAAUCUCAAUGUCCUUUAUUUGACUCAGUGGGAAUAGCAGUUAUAAGUAAUAGGACACAGAUGUGCAGUAGAGUCUUGUUUAAUGGCAUUUCACUGUUCAUUCCCUUUGCCACCAUUAUAAAGCUUUUCUUUAUUGUAAUUAUCAGUGCAAAGCUAUGUAUUUAUCAUGGUAGAACUUGAGUGUUAGAAUAGUUUUUUCUUACAGUAUACUUUCUUUGGUUAGGUUUGUGUAUGUGUUGCUGAUUACAUUAAGAACUUGAUGUUAAGUCAUUAUUUAUCACACUCUCAUGAGAGCAGUAAUAAAAGUGUGUAAUCUAGGAGAAAAAGUUAAUUUGUCAAACUUAGAUAAGCAUGAUGUUUAGGUCCUAUUUUUCAAUUUUAUAACUGUUUUAUUGCAACAAUAUUUGUAUUUAAGUCUCCAUUUUAAUGCCUUGUGGUGUUUUUUUAUGCAUGUCACUAAGUCGUCAUCCCACAUAAAUUGAUGUGCAGCAUAGGGUAUUAAAUCUACAUAAUGAUUUUAAAGCAGAAAUAGUUGAUGGUAAAAUGUAAAUGUUUUGCAAAAAUUCCUUAUAAAAAAUUUUGUAGUAACAUUUCACUUGUAAAUUUUUUUUGUAAAAAAAAAUGAAAAUGAAAAAAAAAAAGAUGAAUCAAAAAAAAUGUUUCCCGUAUCCUAGAAUUUAGACAAUUAUUCUGCCAGCAAAGCCUCCAGGGCUGUAAUUGACAUUUUUACAGUGCUGAUUUGUAUAAAAUUUGGUUUUUUGUGGAUUUGGAAAUAAAAUCAUGUACAAGUUGUUGCCUGCAAUAACAAUUGCAAGUAACCUAUUAAAAAUUCCCUUGAGUUUAACAUGUUUCAUUUAAUUAUGUAUACUAUCAAGCAGCAAUAAAUUGUUUGAACUAUCAGACUGACCACAAUGAACAUUCCAAGGUGAAAGGCUUCUCAGUAGAGCACACAUCGGCCGUCCGCAGGGUUCUAGUGCUAAAACUCAGUCACCACUUCUCUGAACACACAGAUAAUCCCAACUCUGCACUGUUAACUUGUAGCCAUUGCUCUAGAGGUUUCUGGAAAUUAAAAUUUGGUUUAGAGAAGAUUUUUACUUAAAUGUCUUUGAGCAGUAAAUGUUAGGAAAUUAUAGGAAGAACUAAUAAUGAAAACAGUGAUAAAAGUGCACAGAAACUGAUGUAGCUCAUGGACAUACAUGCCACCAAGUCUUUAAGCGAAGGAGGGCUUUACCUCCCAGAAGAACCCUGCAGAGCCCAUGAAAACCUUACCAGUGUAAUGAAUGCUGAUGGUCAUAAUUUCAGUGAACCUGGUUUCAAGCCCAUACUCCCGUAGGUCCCAAACAGGUAGAGGAAGCCGGGGGAUGAGCUGUUAGGUGGUAAAGGAGGUCCACUGGCCCACUGGCUCUCAGAGGCAGAGGCUGUGACGGUGGGUGGUGAUGUAGCCUUGCCCAGCAAGCUCUGAAGGCAUGGCUUUGCCACAACUUAGUACGAUAGUAAGUAGUCAGAGUGGGCCUUGAGGCACAGCCAUUGCUCUGGGACACUGCGUCUGGUACAAGAGUGCCUGCUUCUGAUACAGCUACUCACCACUUGUGAUCCGGAUUUUUGCUGAUGCUCCUGGGAGGCAGCAGACCAGGACCCGGUACUUGGGUUUCUGCUGCUUGAGUGAGACCUACAGAGGGAGUUCCUGCUCCUGGCUCUGGCUUGGCCUGCAACCUUGCAGUUGCUGCCAUUUGGGGAGCAAACUAGGAGAUGGAAAAUUCUGUCUCUCUUCCUUUCUUUUAAAAAUUUAAAAAGAAGAAAAUAUAAAUUGAUGAGGGUGAUUCAAAAUUCAAGGGCCAUUGGACAUGAAUGCCUCACUCUGCAAAAUAAGUUAUUAAGAAGUUUGUCAAAAGAUGUUUUCUCAAAAACAAAGGCAUGUUUUUCUGUUCCCACUUGGGAGCAUCAAGAUGAUAUUGUAUAAAGAGAGAAUAACGCUAUUAGAAAAUUAAAGAACAUUUCAGAUUUUUAUUUUUAAUGUAAUAAGCAUGUGGUUUCAGAACUAGGGUUUUAACGUUAUGAAUAAAAGUAAAUCACAAAGGGAAUGAAGGGACAGAUUACUUCCUCAUAGGUUGUUGCCAUAAAUCCUUAGGUGUAGGUAGUGUUCACCACAUAUGGUGAAGCUGACUUCAAGAUAAUGGGAAAACUUGCCUUUGGUAUAUUUCAUUUUUAUUUUAAAAUCCAAACGCUUAAUUGUAUGGGGUGUGGAAACUUCUAAGUGUCAGCAAGAAAUACUUUCCUAGUGAAUUUGCAGUGUAUGGCUAUAUUUACUGACUAAGCAAAAACUCUGCUUAAUGUACAUAAUCCGUUUGUAACUGUGUAGCUGGGUUUUUUAGGCAUGUGUUUCCAUUCUUUCAAGAUUUGCUGAUUAGCAUAAGCCUGGGGCUGUGUUGCUGUAGGUAGCAGGUGGCAGCGAAAUAACUUAUUUUUGGGUUCCUGAGAGUAGUCUCAAGUGCUAAUAGUGGAAGUAAGAGAGAGCCUGGGAGGGAAGGUGAAGACUGGUUUAUAAGGCAGAGGGCCAGUCUCCCUCUCCAUAGCACUGCUGUGACCAUGGAGAUCACAGGUUGAGAGGCCAAGGAGUGUGGGCUCCAUGUCUGAUUUUGCCGCUUGGAGCCACAACCUUGGGCAAAUUACCCAUUAAUGCAUCUGUUGGCUUGUUUGCAGAAUGGGGAUGAGCUAAGGCAACACGCACCUGGCAAAUGGCAGUGUCCAGUAAUUGGAAUUUACUGUUAAUUCUGUAUUAACUGAAGAAAGGGAGUCCCAGCACAUCCUAGCUGCGGGAACAAAGAAUCCCUGAGUAGCUUAUAAGCAGCAGAAAUGUAUGUCUUUCUCUCUACAUGCUGGAAGUCCAGGGUCAGGAUGCUGGCAUAUUCAGUAUUGAGUGAGGACCAUUCCCUGCUGUAUAUAUUCCCUGGACACUUUCUGGGCCUCCCCAUGGUGGAAAGGACAAAGCAGCUUCCUGGAGCCUCAUCAGGCACUAGUCCCACUAGUGUGGACUCCACUGUGUUUAUAUAAGCACUUCUGGAAAGUCCCACAUUCUGGUACCACUUUGACAAUUAGACUUUGACGUGGGAACUGUGACGGAAGUACGUACACACCCUAGCAGGGGAUGUGGCAUAGUCCCCACUAGACUGUUGCUGGAAUAUUUGGAAAAUGAGCAACAAUAGGCAGAAAAGUUGUCCAAAAAAAAAAAAAAAAAAACAAUGGCAAGGAAAAAGAAAAAGCAAAGACUGAAUUCAGACACACAUUUUUGUCAGACUCUUCUGCAAGCUAAUGAAGGUACUGUCA